AUGGAACAAGUCAAGAACUUCUACCAGAUGAUUUUAAAGUCGUCGCAUCCGAUAGCGAUGGGCUUGCAUUUAACAGGAAAGGCGAUGCCGAUUGUGUUUUAUCUUAUAGGCUCAUGGUUUAUGAGUUUCACAGCUCAAUUCAUUACGGUAUUGUUACUCCUGGCCGGAGACUUCUACAUAACAAAAAACAUCACCGGCCGUAAACUAGUUCAGUUACGAUGGUGGUAUGAUUCUGUGGACUCUGAGGAGGGACCUCUGUCAUUUGAAUCAUAUAAGCAGUACGCUCCGGGCCCUCCAGUCAACCCAAUCGAUUCGAAGCUUUUCUGGCUUUCCACUUACGCUGCCCCUGUGGUGUGGAUUGUCUUUGGAGUGAUGUGCUUGCUUCAAGCAAAAGUUUUAUAUCUGAUUCUCAUUGCGAUGGCGAUUUGUCUCACGGGCUGGAACGCACAUGGUUUCAGAAAGUGCAACCAGUGGGAUCCAUCCGCGAAGAGUGGUCAAUCAGAUUCUUGGCUACAAUUUCCCAACAUCACCAGUUUUGAGAAUUUAGGAAACCUUGCAAAGCUUCAAAGCAUGUUUCGUUCAAGUUAG